AUGUCGGUGGAUGGUGACCCCCCUACUCCAAGAGUGUUCCACGCGAAUCCUUCCGGCUCUUCGUGUUCGAUGUAUGGUAAACAGCUGGAUCCAGAGUUUUUACUGCUUUCUAAGAAGAUCAAAACUACCCAGUUAGUUGUUUGUGAGGAAGAAUGUCCAGCCCAUAAUUGUUCCUAUCUGGGAUAUUACGUGGCUUGUGUCUCUUCCCAUUUCACUCAACUUCUGUAUGAAAUGGCUGGAGGAGCCAAGGAAGCCGAACCUACUAAGGUUGGCCUCUGCUUUUCUUUUUCUUCAAUCUCUUCAGGGGACGGACAGAACUUGGUGACCGAAGACGUGACCGUGGUAGAGGGAGAGGUUGCUACCAUCAGCUGCAGAGUCAAAAACAGUGACGACUCCGUGAUUCAGCUCUUGAAUCCCAACAGGCAAACUAUUUAUUUCAGAGACUUCAGACCCUUGAAGGACAGCAGGUUUCAGUUAGUGAAUUUCUCCAGCAGUGAGCUCAGAGUGUCACUGACCAACGUCUCCAUUUCGGAUGAGGGAAGAUACUUCUGCCAGCUCUACACAGACCCUCCACAGGAGUACUACAUGACCAUUACAGUGCUCGUCCCGCCACGUAACCUGAGGAUUGAAUCCCAGAAGGACACCGCAGUGGAAGGAGAGGAGAUUGAGCUGAACUGCACGUCGAUGGCCAGCCGGCCAGCCACAAUGAUCAAAUGGUUCAAAGGCAGCAAGGAGCUCUUUGGCAAAACAGAAGUGGAGCAGUGGUCAGACAUGUACACGGUGACCAGCCAGCUCUUACUAAAGGUCAAGCGGGAGGAUGAUGGGGUCCCAGUUGUCUGUCAGGUAGACCAUCCUGCCGUUAAAGACUUGCAGACCAAGUACUACCUUGAUGUAAUGUAUAAGCCUGAAGUACAAGUUUUGCAGAAUUCUCCUCCGCAGCCGCUCACAAGGGAAGGAGACCUGCUUGAACUCCUGUGCCAAGUCAAAGGGAAACCAGAGCCUGUUGAUGUGACGUGGUUAAGAGUCGACGAUGAGAUGCCCCAGCACGUUUUGGUGUCAGGGUCAAACCUCCACAUUGACAGCCUAAACAAAAGCGAUAACGGCACAUACCGUUGUGAGGCUUCCAAUCAAGUGGGGACGGCCUUUUCUGAUUACACGCUUUAUGUAUACGAUCUUCCCACAACUCUCCCUCCCACCACCUCCCUUUCUACCAUCACCACCAUCUCCACCAUCUCCACCACCAUCGCCGCAGACACAACGGCGGCGACAGAACCGGCAGUUCACGGCUUUACUCAGUUGCCCAAUACUGCCGAAGAGCUGGACUAUGGGGAUCUCUCAGAUUCUCGAGCAGGAGAAGAGAGCGCCAUCACGGCGGUGGACCAUGCGGUGAUCGGAGGAGUCGUGGCUGUGGUGGUCUUCGCGAUGCUGUGUCUCCUGAUCAUUCUGGGGCGGUACUUUGCAAGACACAAAGGUACAUACUUCACCCAUGAAGCCAAAGGAGCUGACGAUGCAGCGGAUGCCGACACUGCGAUCAUCAAUGCCGAGGGGGGACAGAACAACUCUGAGGAGAAGAAGGAAUACUUCAUUUAG